GUCUUGUGAAUUCCAAGCAUACCUCCAUACUGUUCUUUUUUCUUGCAGCUCUCUCACAUUAACCUCUGGAAUCAACCCUAGUCUUUUAGAUCAUGGUGAAAGGAAAAACAAGCAUGGGGCGCCAGAGGAUUGAGAUGAGAAGGAUUGCAAGAUAUUCUUCUAGGCAUGUAACAUUUUCCAAGCGGCGCUCUGGGCUGUUUAAAAAAGCCAGUGAGCUCUGCACCUCAACUGGUGCCGAGGUUGGCAUCGUGGUUUUCUCUCCGUCGGGCAAUGCAUUCUCAUUUGGACACCCAUCUGUGGAUUCUGUUGUCCAUAGGUUUCUCUCUGAGAACUCCCCACAUACGGCAGAGGGAAGUGUUUUCUCACUCGUCGAUGGCUACCGUCGAGCCAAUGUCGAGGAGCUGACCCUGGAGUACUCUGAGCUUCUUGUCCAGCUUGAUGAGAAGAAGAAGAAGAGUGAAGAACUGGACAGGGUACUAGAUAACCGUGAGAGUACUCCAUGGUGGGAAGCCCCCAUUGACAACCUCAACUUGUCUGAGCUCCAGUGCUUGACAGAAGCGUUGGCUGAAAUGAAGAUACGCUUAACCGAGCGAGCUACGCAAAUGGCAGCCCAGGUUCCUAAUCCUUCACCUUUGUUGCCCGGGAGUUCUGUUGGAGCGACUGAUCUUCCCUUUGCAUCCCAAACAACCAUGAAUGAUGAUGCUCUUACUGGUCCUCCGGCUUGUGGGUUUUAAUUCGGGAAUGGGGUUGGACCUGGGCCUUUCUAAAUUUCUCUCCUGGUUGGUAUCCAUGUUGUUUUUCUGAUUCUGAUUUAAAAAUAAAGGAUGAUAAGUAAUAAAAAAUCUGUAUUGGGACUA